CCUCCCUCCCUCGUCGGGCUGAGGCGAAGAAAGGGGCCGGCCUCGUCCGGGUUACGGUGGCCGGGCGGGGCCAGGCGGCGCCCGAAGCGAAAGCGAGGAGAAGGAGGGCUGGCUGCCCCUGCCUCGCUCCCUCCCUCCCUCCUCCGCCUCUGCGCGCGGCGGGCGCCGGUCCCGGCCGGACCCGGGGCUUGGCAGGCAGGCAGGCAGGCAGGCAGGCAAGAUGCUGGAAGCGGCCGGGCCGGACCCGGAGCUGGACCCGGAGGACCUGGUGCACUUCUCGGUGGGGGACCUGCCCAGCCGGGGCUACGGGGUGAUGGGCGAGAUCCGGAGGCAGGGGAAGCUCUGCGACGUCACCCUCAAGGUCGGGGACCACAAAUUCAGCGCCCACCGGAUUGUCUUGGCGGCCUCCAUCCCUUACUUCCACGCCAUGUUUACAAACGACAUGAUGGAGUGCAAGCAAGAUGAAAUUGUCAUGCAGGGCAUGGAUCCAAGCGCACUGGAAGCUCUGAUCAACUUCGCCUACAAUGGGCACUUGGCAAUUGACCAGCAGAACGUCCAGUCCUUGCUGAUGGGGGCAAGUUUCCUGCAACUGCAAAACAUCAAGGAUGCCUGUUGCUCAUUCCUCAGAGAGAGGCUUCACCCAAAAAACUGCCUGGGCGUGCGCCAGUUUGCCGAAACUAUGAUGUGUGCCGUACUCUACGAUGCUGCCAACAGCUUCAUCCACCAGCACUUUGUGGAGGUUUCUGUGUGCGAAGAGUUCCUGGCCUUGCCCUUGGAAGACGUCCUGGAGCUGGUCUCGAGGGAUGAGCUCAACGUUAAGUUAGAGGAGCAGGUCUUCGAAGCCGCUCUGGCCUGGGUGAGGUACGACCGCGAGCAUCGAGAGCCCUUCUUGCCGGAGCUCCUCUCCAAAAUCCGCCUGCCUCUUUGCCGACCCCAGUUCCUUGCGGACCGUGUCCAGCAGGACGACCUCGUCCGCUGUUGCCACAAGUGCAGGGACCUCGUGGAUGAAGCAAAGGAUUACCACCUCAUGCCAGAGCGACGGCCGCACCUCCCAUCUUUCAAAACCCGCCCCCGUUGCUGCACCUCCAUCGCAGGCCUGAUCUAUGCCGUGGGAGGCCUCAACUCAGCAGCAAAUUUCUAUGCAGGCGACUCCCUGAACGUGGUGGAAGUCUUCGACCCCAUUGCCAACCACUGGGAGAAGUGCCAGCCAAUGACGACGGCCCGCAGCCGGGUGGGCGUCGCCGUGCUGAACGGGCUCUUGUACGCCAUUGGUGGAUACGACGGGCAGCUGAGACUGAGCACCGUGGAAGUUUACAACCCAGAGACAGAUUCCUGGUCCAAAGUGGGCAGCAUGAACAGCAAACGAAGUGCCAUGGGGACAGUUGUGCUGGAUGGGCAGAUCUACGUCUGUGGUGGAUACGACGGCACCUCCUCCCUCAACUCCGUGGAGGCCUAUUCACCUGAGACAGACAAGUGGAUGGUGGUCACCCCCAUGAGUUCGAACCGCAGUGCAGCUGGCGUCACCGUAUUCGAAGGCAGGAUAUUUGUAUCUGGCGGGCACGACGGACUGCAGAUCUUCAACAGCGUGGAAUACUACAACCACCACAUGGCUUCCUGGCACAACGUUUCCAGCAUGCUCAACAAGCGCUGCCGUCACGGCGCUGCCUCCCUGGGCAGCAAGAUGUUCGUCUGCGGCGGCUACGACGGCUCUGGCUUCCUUAGCAUCGCCGAAGUCUACAACUCCAUGGCGGACCAGUGGUACCUGAUCGUCUCCAUGAACACCCGGCGCAGCCGCGUCUCCCUUGUGGCGAACUGUGGCCGCCUCUACGCCGUGGGAGGCUACGACGGACAGUCCAACCUGAGCUCCGUAGAAAUGUACGACCCGGAAACCAACCGCUGGACGUUCAUGGCCCCCAUGGUGUGCCACGAGGGAGGGGUGGGGGUGGGCUGCAUACCGCUCCUGACUAUCUGAGCGGAGGGCGGGAGGUGGCACGAGCCUGCGGCGCCCGAAAGCCAGGACUUCCGGAGCCAGGAGUCUGCAGGGGUGAUCUGCAGAGAGACUCGACUUCUACCGGGCGAGGGACAUCAUUUCCUGGUGCUUGGGCCAUCAUCGUUUGGGAAGCGCACAAACAGCCCCAUGGAUCAGGGCCACGUGGCCGUUGAGCGAGGUCCCCCAGUGUCACGAGAGUUUGGAGAUUUCAGGCCGUGUGAAUGAAGCCUCACCCGCCUCUUC